UUUUUUUUUUUUUUUUUUUUUCUUUUUUUUUUUUUUUUUUUUUUUUCUCUUUUGUCUAGCUCAUAUUCCCCAACCAAUUCCCUUGUCCCCUUGUCCUCUAGCCAUUUCAGAAACAUGCCGAACAUUGUUAUAUUUUUCCCCCUUCUCCUUUUUCUUUUCAUCUCGUAUUCUUCUUUUGAUCUCCUACAUGGAGCAGUGCAAUGCAAGAUUCCCUUAGCACAGUCCUGUCAGAUACCCAGCCUUGACGCACCGGGGCGAGCGGUUCCUGAUAUGUUGAUUGGUGGCUGCUCGUGUUGUCUUGUGUCCGUCCACAUUUUGAACCCCCCUUUAAUCCUACAAAUAACGGAUCCUGCUUAGUGUGGCCUGGAUCCCUUGUUGCUUUUCUCAACUUUUUGACAUACAGCGUUAUAUGCCGUUUCUUUCAUUUCCUCUAUAGUGACUUCAUAUAAUGGUUUAACAUUCUCGCAUUGGCGUUAAGUUUUUAUUUGGGCUUUCCGACUAUGUCUUUUUAUUUCUUCAUUUUUCGUUGCUGUGUCUUUCCUUCCAUUCUAAUAUUUGUGCCUUUUGAUCCUAUGCGGCCCCUUAUUGCCUUCCCCGAAUAAGGAAUGCGACGGGAUGACGUACGGGUGAAUUGAAUGCGAAUGGGAUGCUCCAUGUUAAAAGUACGACGGAUGAAGGGCAGCGGAUUGAUUGUUAUGAACAGCAUGAGAUAGCAUGUCGUGUACCUAGUCUUGCGGGAACUGGCAAACCCCUGUAACGCCACACUUGAGCCUAAACGUUUCCAUCAGCAAAAGAGGCGAAGAUAAGACUCCCAUCUUUUGUCUAGUAGAGGGGGAGGGAAUAGCUUGAAGAAGAGGAUAUGAAAUUACUAGAUCAGCCUGUGAAAAUCAGAGGAGUCAAUGAAGUAAAUACAUACUCCAAUAUGCAGAAUAACAGCUCCGUGGCUAGUGUGUUUGUUUUCCUGCAGAACCGCCGUCCCUGCUGUCUUGGCAUCGCCUCGGCCCGCGAACUCCAUCGUGGGAUCAAAGAAGCUUGCCCCUAGCCUGGUUCACUGGGAAGGAAGAUAUAUAGACUAUAACGGACAGGACACUCGACUCCCCAGUUACUCAUCUCCCGCCCCCCGUGGUCUCUGCAUGCAACGUCGCUUGAUUUAUCUCUAUACAAAAUCUUAAUACCUAAUAUCUUCUUGUUUCAUUUCUUACUCGUCCUCAGUCUAUUCAUUAUUCCAACCCCCACCUCUAGAUACUUGUAGUGUUCCGCCCCUCUCUCUCCCCCCCUCGCCACCUCUCAUCCUCACCAUUCCGUCUCACCAGCAGAUCAGUCAAUCGCCCGGACGAACGCCCUCUGAGCCUCAUCGUACGAACUUGAGCAUCGAAUCCCCCUCACGACAAAACUAACACGCUUGUCUCCCAUAACUGCCGCCUUCCGACUUGCUCCUAUUCCUCUACAAUCCCUCCGCUUCUCCUAAGCGCCUAGUGCUAGAAAUCAGAAUCGACAUCAGGGAAUCCCCAUCACAAUCCAUUCCUGCUGCGUCUAGCUCGUGCUGGGAAGAGACACACAUAAACUAAAUAUCUACAUCACACGACGGGCACUACUACACUGUACUACUAGCUACCUAACCUUGCACUACACCGGCAGCCUACAACGAUAACAAUGGGCGAAGGCGGCUUCAACCGCUUCAAGGAUCGGAUGAGAGGCCGAUUUGGCGAUUCGUCGAGUCCGGACGAUGCAUAUCUUAGCUAUCAUGAUGUUCGCUUAACAAAUGAAGAUAUAUAUACCCUCAAGACGGAUUGGUUGACAGAUAAUGUUAUUGCAUUCUGGGAAGAGUACCUGGAACGCGAAUUCCUCGUCAACUACCAAUCUGCCAAUAUUGUCCUUCUCCGACCAAGCAUGUCCUUUAUGCUACUUCAAACUCCAGACCCCCGCACGCUCCGCGAUGUACUACCCGACUUCACCAAAACCAGUCACAUCUUCCUCCCCAUCAACGACUGCCGCAACGUCAACGAGGCCGAAGGCGGCACCCACUGGUCUCUUCUGCUCGUAUCCGUCGUGGAUGGCGUCGCCUUCCAUUAUGAUUCACUCCCGCCUGGAAAUUGCGACGAAGCGCUCCAAGCCACACAGAAGCUAUCCCACCUCCUGAACAAACAACUCCGCUUCAUCCACCUCGACGACUCACCAGUGCAGGAGAACAGCAGUGACUGCGGCGUCUUCGUGUGCCUACACAUGCGCCAUCUGCUCCUCAAACGGCUGCUGAUGGCCAAUUCUUCGGAGAAGAUCAGCAUGAGUCUCAGGGGCAUGAGGGUGAACGCGAACAACGGACGCAAGGAGAUUGUUCGCAUCAUCGAGCGGUUCAGGAAGAAGGGACAACGGCGUAGAUCGUCCAGUGUAAAUGCAAGUUCAAAUUCCAACUCCAACGGUACAUCCGAUAGCCAGCGCGAGAAGAGAUCGAGAAGCCCGCCGCGAGUGGAAUGAUCGUUCCACCAGUCUCCGUUCCGAACAUUGCGUUGGAUUUUCUUUUUAUUUUAUCUUAUUCAUCUUAGUGUCCUCCGUCCCUUCCGUUUUUGGUUAUGAUGAUAUGACGGCCUGGGUAUGAUACCUGAUACGCGUGUAAUGCCAGUCAAGCCGCCGCAUUAUCCUUAUGUGUCUUUGCUUGCCUUUUUGGAUUCCGUGUGGGUGAGAGAAUUAUCUCGGGGAGGGUUUGUUGAAAAAGAGCAAAGGGGCAAAGGUAGUUGGCUCUAAUUUUAAUCAUUUUUAAUAACUCUCUAUCUAGGGGGUUUCGUCGGAGUAUGCUUGGAUGUUUCCUGGGUAUCGGUGGCACGGGUGCAGGUCAAAUUAAUUGGUUUUAUUGGGACUAAUUUCUUUCCCCAUGUUUUUUUUCCUUGGUUCUUUUGCAACUACCUAAUUUUUGUUUUGAUAGCGCGGGUGGUAUUGUAUGCCGUCGGCAAGGGGGGAGAAAACCUCAAUUUUUUUUCCCCCUCUUGGCUCCGUUUUACGCAUAGAUAUAACAGGAAAAUAGCAGGUUCUCUCAUUCCAAAAUAAAAAUAAAAUAAAAAUAAAAAAACGUCGCGAGAUAAGGUUUAAUCACAACUUUUUCAUGGAGGGGAAAGGAGGAGAAGAAGAAGAAGAAGAAGAAGAAGA